AUGUUCGAGACUGACAUUCACAUCAUCGCGUGCCUGCAACAAGGAAUCGGGCGCAAGGCCGCGCUUCGCGCCCUUCUUCCACGGAACCAGGUGGCCGGACUGUACACGACGAAGGCAGACAGCCGGGCAGACCUCGCCCCAGUCGUGAGAGGCCCGCGGCUUGAGUACGCGAUCCGAUACGACCCUGGGGAGGUGUUCGAAGGUCCCGCAGUGCGCUCGUUUGCAAGGUAG